ACAUUCUUUUAUACGUCAAACCCAAAUCUAAUCUAACUUUUAGAGAAGUCACUCAAAAAGAAAAAAUGUAUGAAAAGUUCAUAAACUUGUCAGCAUUUCUCUUAAUGUUUCUCCCUUGUUGUCUCAGCAGCUACCCAUUUGAUCAUAGAGAUGAUCCUUUCAAGGCUUCCGAUGUUUAUUACGAAACCAGUCAUCUACAUGGUCACAUUACACGCAACAGUCAUACGAAAAGCCACCAUGGUUAUGCUCCUAGAUCUUCUCCUCAAGCUUUUAACGUCAACUCUUUUGGUGCUAAAGCCAACGGAAACGACGAUUCUCAGGCGUUCAUGAAAGCUUGGCAAUCAGCUUGUUCGUCAACUGGAAUAGUUUACGUCGUGGUUCCGAAAAAUAGAAAAUACACGAUUAAACCGGUUACGUUCUCCGGUCCAUGUAAAUCAUCCAUGAUUGUUUUUAAGAUCUACGGAAUGAUUGAGGCAUGGGAAAAUCCAUCAGACUACAAGGUACGAAGGCGCUGGAUUGUGUUUGAAAACGUCACUAACCUUCGUGUUGAAGGAGGUGGCCGCAUCGACGGUAAUGGACAUAUUUGGUGGUCAAAAUCUUGCAAAAUCAACCCUAAACUUCCUUGCCUGGGUGCUCCAACGGCGGUUAUGUUUAUGGAGUGUAACAACUUGAGAGUAAGUAACAUUAGGUUGGAAAACGCACAGCAAAUGCAUUUGACGUUUCAAAACUGCCAAAACGUGAAGGCUUUGCGUCUUAGGGUCACAUCUCCGGGUGAUAGUCCUAACACCGAUGGCAUUCACGUUAGCGGAAGUCGCAAUAUCUUAAUUCAAGACUCUGUCGUUGGUACUGGUGAUGAUUGUAUAUCGAUAGUGAGUGGGUCGGAGAAUGUGAGAGCGACAGGCAUUACAUGCGGGCCUGGUCAUGGAAUCAGUAUUGGGAGUUUGGGAGCCGGUAACUCAGAAGCAUAUGUUUCAAAUGUGGUAAUCAACAAAGCAACCCUUAUAGGAACCACUAAUGGUGUGAGAAUCAAGACUUGGCAGGGAGGACGUGGAAUGGCAAAGAACAUCAUAUUCCAAGACAUUUUAAUGAAAAACGUUACAAACCCUAUACUCAUCAACCAGGACUACUGCGAUCGUGUUGAAUCAUGCCCCGAACAGAAAUCGGCGGUACAAGUGAGCAACGUGUUGUACAAAAACAUACAAGGGACGAGCUCAACGCCCGUUGCUGUGAAGUUUCAGUGCAGCAAGAGCAUCCCAUGUCGAGGAAUCUCAAUGCAAGACGUUGAACUGGUCGACCAAACUCAGCAAGAUGUUUCCAAAGCUUCUUGCUCCAACGUGAGGUUGAACACCCGAGGAAAUGUUUCUCCUCUUUGCACUUGAUCCCCAUUAACAAAACAUAGUAUCCCACCCGAUCGAUCGACGUCCGUCUAUUGCUAUAUGUAUUCGUAGUUUGGUCUUAGUUUUUGUAUAUAUAUAUAUUAUAUAUAGAGUAUCGAUAUAGUCCAUGUUUGAAUUAAGUAGGUUUUUAUGAAGAUUAAUUGAUCAAGUGGGACUGUAAGUGUUAUAAUUAGGGUACUAGCUUGUUCGUUCCUGGUUUGUAGAAGUGAAACAAAUGUGAUUGAUUUUCUGAAACAUUUGACGCCGAUUCUACUUU